AUGAUACAGAUAGAAACGCCAGUGCACCACGUUAAACAACAUACGCUCCAUGAGGCCUACUGUCUGGCCAACAGUAAGCACGACGACAAAAAUUUGAAGCUCCUGCAUGUGCUGAUGCUGUUGGCCCUGUGUAGAUCUGCAGCAGGCAGUAUUGAGGCGAUGAAGAGACUGUACAGCGACCUGUUUGGAAACUACAACACUAAAAUCAGACCAGUAUACAACCAGAGUCAGCAUGUUGACGUUCACAGCAGAUUCAACUUGGUGGCCAUAACUGAAGUAGACCAGAUCAGACAGAUUCUCCAUAGCAACGUGUUGAUGAAUAUAACAUGGCGGGACGAGUUUCUCACCUGGAAACCUGAGGAUUAUAGCGGCAUAAAGUUUAUGCACCCUCCACUGACUGACAUUUGGAGACCGAAACUCAUCGUACCAGUGCCUGUUGAGGAUCGGGAUGUCUUCAAAGACGAGACAGCCUCUGUUACAGUUUACAGCGACAGCAGAUACCAGCUUCUACCUGUCAGCUAUGAUUCAAAUGAGCCGAAGAUGGUUUCAUCGCUGGUUAGUGCCAACACCCAAGCGUACACAGAAAACGGAGAACGGAGUAUUUCAGCUUCCAGAGCAUACAUUACUGAAAGAACCUUCGUAGAUUCCACUUACUCUUUCCUUUACGUUGACAUUGACCUUGAAAGGCGACCGAUGUUCUUUGUCCUCAAUGUAAUAAUACCUGUUGUUGUGCUUUCAUUUCUCAACGUAUUCGUCUUCUCACUUCCGCGUGACUGUGGCGAGAAAGUUUCGUAUGCCAUCACGUGCCUUCUCGCUCUGACUGUAUUCAUGAGUGUCGUCAGUGACCUACUUCCAAAAUCAUCCGACAACAUCCCAAUUGUCACCCUGUAUCUAACGUGUCUCCUCGGUAUCAGCGUUCUGUCCGUGGUCGCCACCAUCCUCAUCGUCAUGAAAGAUCCUGCGAAGGCCAACAAGAAAAUCCCGCAAUCGCCAUUGUUUGUAAUUCCUCGUUUUUGCUCCUUUCGAUUUCCAGGAAGUAGACGCAGGAUCAUGGACCAGGUUCAACUGGAUUCUAAAACCGAUGGUUCGGCUGGCAAUGGGAAUCCAACUGGAAAGGUUCUAGAAGGUCAAAGUCAAACUGCUGCCUCUCUGUGUAUGGUUAUAUUCACAAUUCUCUGGAUGGUUGUUUCUGUGGGAUUCCUCAUCCAGAUAGCACAAUAA